CGCUUGAGCAAAGCGUUGGCGAGCUUGGGCGUGGCAAGUCGCCGUGGGGCGGAUGAUUUAAUUUUUGGCGGUCGCGUCAAGGUGAACGGCGAGACGGUGACGGCGCCGCAGACCAAAGUCAACUUGAACGCCGACGUCGUCAUGGUGGAUGGCAAAAUCGUCGAAGGUGGGGUAAACUUCGUGAAAGAGCACGCAUACUUCAUGCUGAACAAGCCUAAAGGUUUCGUAUGCAGCACAAAAUCGAAUUCGGCGCAAGGAAAGACGGUGUACGAUUUGUUCGAGCAGUGGCGAGAUGAGUUCAAGGCGGCGUAUCCGGGUAAGCUCCCGCCUCGUCUCUUCACCGUCGGUCGCCUCGACGUCGCCACAACCGGGUUACUUUUACUCACGACGGAUGGGGACUGGUCCCAGCGCGUCGCGCACCCGAGCAGCGAAGUCGUGAAGCAAUACGUCGUCACGGCGAAUAACAAACCGACGCGCGCGCAAAUCGCCGCCAUGGCUAAAGGGACCGAAGUCGACGGAGCUCGCGUCGUGCCGGUGCGCGUCGAGUCCAUGGGCGCGGAUGGAGGGCCUGCGAAUAGAAUUUUGGUCGAAGUCGUCGACGGACGCAACCGCGAGGUGCGCGUGCUGUGCGCGGACGCGGGCGUCGACGUUAAGAACUUGAAGCGUACGCGCGUGGGCGGAUUGCGCAUG